UCCCUUUGAUGUCGAAAAGCCAGUCAGUCUGUUGGAGAAAGCGCAUGGUGAGAGGACCUAGGAUGAACAACGAUUCAUGCUGGAAAGAAGGCACAACAGCAUCAACGUUACCGAGCUCGUCAAGCCGUUUCAGUCGUUAUAUCCCCUUGCGAUUUGUCCACUUAAAGUGCCAUUUUGACGUUGUCUGGCCAACCAUUGGCUUUAGCAAAUUGCCGUCGACUUCGUCAAGCAUUAUGGCUCCUCGCAAUCUUCAAAGGAUGAGCGCAGCAAGCAGCGAUUUCAGGACUGCUAGCCAAGAGGACUGUUCCGAUUGCAAUACCAACAAAGGAAAAACGUUGCCCGAAUUCAACUGGCAAAAAACGAUGAUUCAGAGUCGCAUUAUGGAAAAAGUCCAAGACGUUGGUGAGCGUAUCAGUUCUCAGUCGUGGCUGGAACAGAUGCGUAUGCUAGCUAGAGAGCGUUCUUUGACAUCGGUUGUCCUGUUGAGCUUUAUCGGCCUCAUCUCUUUCCCUGUUUUGGUUUGCGUCCUGGCGUCAGCAUUUACUUUCCUCGGAUUUGUUUUUGUUGAAGAAAUAAUCUGUCUAUUUGAUGUAGACGGUACGUUGACAAUGCCUAGACAGAAAAUUCUUCCCACCACAGAAGAAUUUCUGCUGAGUAAAGUAAAACCAGUUGUAACUAUGGGUCUUGUGGGUGGAUCAGAUUUAACAAAAAUUGCAGAGCAAAUGGGUGGAGCAGAUGUUAUCAAGAAAUAUGAUUAUGUUUUUGCUGAAAAUGGUCUCAUAGCCUAUAAAAAUGGUGAUCUAAUAGGGAAAAUGAGUAUCCAAGAGCAUGUGGGGGAAGAAAAACUCCAGAAGUUCAUAAACAGUGCCUUGAGCUACAUGUCCAAGCUGAUAUUGCCUGUUAAGAGAGGAACUUUCAUUGAAUUUCGUGAUGGACUUGUAAAUGUCUGCCCAGUGGGCAGAAGUUGUUCACAAGCAGAAAGAGAUGAGUUUGCUGCAUACGAUAAAGUUCACAAGAUCAGAGAAAGCUUUGUGAAACAUUUACAAGCUGAAUUUCCUGACUUUGGUCUAGUGUUCAGUAUAGGUGGUCAAAUCAGCUUUGACGUAUUCCCAAAAGGUUGGGACAAAACGUACGCACUUCGCUUCGUAGGUGAAGAUGGCUAUAAAGAAAUUCAUUUCUUUGGUGACAAAACUGCACCAGGAGGGAACGACCAUGAAAUUUAUGAAGACCCACGUACGAUCGGCCACAAAGUUUCAAGUCCAGAGGAAACGAUCGAACAGCUAAAAACACUUCUUCAUUUGUGAUAUUUGAACUACAUUGAUGGUUCUUGGUGAGGAUAUAGAUUCAAAUUCUGCUAACCAUGUGCAACUUUGGUUAAAUCAUACACCUCCCGUGUGUUCUGAA